AUGUUCCACACCUCUCCAUCCAAGUGUACCCCGCAAACGCCAUCAAAAACUCCUCGAAGACGUGCCAAUACCACUCAAGGAGGUCACGUUGAUGUCAUAUCACUCGGUAUCGGUGCUCUUUCGCUUUCACCCUCAAAGGCGCUUGGUCCCAACGACUCGCUCAAUCCGUUCCUUGAGCCUUCCUCAAAGCCACGGGCGCCUUCCCCAACUAGAGUACGCUCCAAGCAUGGUCGAUCGAAUACACUAUCUGCGGCCGUCGGUGCGCGUGCGAUUGGGAUUACCGAUGCGUUAGCAAAUGAAGCACGUCAGGGUAUCUUGCACAAAGGUGGACUGGAGAGCAAGUACGAUUCGAUUAACAUCACUCGUGACUGGCCAGUAUCGCGAGGAAAAACUACUGAGACACGCACAGGGAGCGUGUCUUCUCGACCCAAGGCCUCACAUGCUCCAAUUAGCUUCGACAAACCUCUAGGCACAGACGAUCGCUUUGUCCCGUCCCGUGCUGUUACAACUAGCAACACCGCAACUGUUUCUCCGGGACAUGCUGCACGUUUAACUGCCUCACUUGCGCUGCCAUCUGCCUCGCAGCGCAUUCUUACGUAUUGCGAGGCGCCUCCACUACCAGCCACCGACUCCACACUAGCGCUCCAACGCUCCCUGGCUCAAUCUUUGCAUACACGCCCCGGACAAGGAUCCGGAGCUGGCGGAGGAUCCGCCCAACGUCUAGAAGAAAAUCUCGGACAAGCCUGA